AUGCCUCUCGCCAAUGAUCUCCUUCACCCCUCUCCAGAAGAGGAGAGGAGGAAACUCAAGAAGAAGCACCUAAUGCAGAGCCCCAAUUCCAACGUAAUGGAUGUGAAAUUCUCAGGACGCGAUAAAAUCACCAGGGUGUUUAGCCAUGCACAAACAGUAGUUUUGUGUGUUGGCUGCUCCAUGGUCCUCUGUCAGCCUGCAGGAGGAAAAGCAAGGCUUGCAGAAGGAUGUUCGUUCAGGAAGAAGCAGCACAAAAGGCAGCCUGAUCAAGAUGAGUGGGAAAUGAUCCCAAUAAACACGUUUUGGGCAGCUCACACUCAGAUUGGCAUGCAGCAAUUCACCUACAUCAGUGCGGGUCCCCCCAAUGAGCUGAACUCUCACCAUUUCUAA